AUUUCAGACUUGAAUAUGGAGAUGUAUGAUGUCCUUGGAAAAGUGGGAGAAGGAAGUUAUGGAGUGGUAAUGAAAUGUAAACACAGGGAAACAGGUCAUAUAGUUGCCAUUAAGAUAUUUUAUGACAAGCCAGAAAAAUCUGUCAACAAAAUUGCGACGAGGGAGAUAAAGUUCCUAAAGCAAUUCCGUCAUGAGAACUUGGUCAACCUGAUUGAAGUCUUUAAACAGAAAAAGAAAAUUCACAUAGUGUUUGAAUUUAUUGAUCAUACCAUUUUAGAUGAACUCCAACAUUACUCUCAUGGACUAGAUAGCAGAAGACUUAAAAGGUAUCUCUACCAGAUUUUUCGAGCUAUUGACUAUCUUCACAGCAAUAAUGUCAUACAUCGUGAUAUCAAGCCAGAGAACAUUUUAGUUUCACAGAGUGGAAUUACUAAACUUUGUGAUUUUGGAUUUGCUCGAAGUUUAGCAGCCCCUGGUGAUGUUUAUACUGAUUAUGUGGCCACACGGUGGUACAGAGCUCCAGAGCUGGUACUGAAAGACACAACAUAUGGGAAACCUGUAGACAUCUGGGCUUUAGGUUGUAUGAUCAUUGAGAUGGCCACUGGCAGUCCCUAUCUACCUAGCAACUCUGACUUAGACCUACUUCAUAAUAUUGUGACCAAAGUAGGCAACUUGACACCUCAUCUUCAGGAUAUUUUUAUAAGGAGUCCAUUUUUUUCUGGGAUGGUCCUUCCUGACGUUCAGCACCCUAAAAGUGCAAGGAAAAAGUAUCCAAAGCUUUCCGGAUUACUUGCAGAUAUGGUUCAUGCUUGUUUGCAAAUGGACCCUGCAGAUAGGAUAUCCUCUGCUGAUUUGUUGAAGCAUGAAUAUUUUACCAGAGAUGGGUUUGUUGAAAAAUUCAUACCGGAACUGAAUGCCAAAUUGCUACAAGAAGCAAAGCUGAGUUUUCUGUCAAAAUUCAGAGACAAUAAUAAAGCAUCUGAACAAAUUGAAGGUGAAAAGAAAAUGGCUAAUAUUAAUGUGCUUCAGAAUGGCCCAGUUGUUGGGAAGGAUACUGAAAAGAUCAAAAAGGCAAAGGAGAUAAAGGUCAAAGGUAUCAAAAUGAAAGGAUUAAAAUCUGAACUCUCCGAGAUUAAAAAGACUGAACAAGAAGAUAAAACUGGACAGUGGGGUGCUUUGUCUCAGAAUGCUCUGAAUGUUCCUCAUGAGAACAAACCUGCAAGCAGAGAUGGAACUGCCCUGCCAUCACCUGGCACUGAUGCUGGUUGUGCAAAGGAAGAUGCUUCACAAGCUCCUCCUGUGAUAAUGCCUCGCAUUCACCCAAAUUGUGGAAAUCUUACCACAAACUUCAGCUCACACUAUCUAUGUUCUAACUCAAGACUACCAGAUAAAGCAAAGAAAAGGCGAAGUCCUUGGCCAUCAGUGGUACAAGGAAGUCCUAAUAACCGUCAGGAGGAAGGGAGUAUAAGUCAAAACCCAAUAGAGAAGGUCUCCCUAUAUGAAAGAACUGCUCAGAUUGAUGGAAUGGUCAACACAAACAGAAAGAAGCGCAAUAUUUCAAGAUGUGAGAAGAGAGACAUUCACUUUCCUGAACUGACAGCAGCAGGACAACAAAAACAGCUGAAAGGAAUGGAAAUUAAACAGGUAAGAGUGCUGAAGAGGGGAUCAAAGAAAUCUGAAGUAUCUAAAAUACCAUCUUUACUAAAUGUGGAUCAGAAUCGUGAAAAACAAGAAGCUAAAGAAAUUUUGACGAAGGAAUCCAAUGUGCAAGAAGUGCGAUGUCCAGUCACAGUUUGUGGAGAUGUCCAUGGACAAUUUCAUGAUCUCAUGGAACUUUUCAGAAUUGGAGGCAAAUCACCAGACACAAAUUAUUUGUUUAUGGGGGACUAUGUUGACAGAGGAUAUUACUCUGUUGAAACAGUGACACUUUUGGUAGCUCUCAAGGUCCGUUAUCGUGAACGCAUUACUAUCCUUCGAGGGAACCACGAAAGCAGACAGAUCACUCAAGUAUAUGGCUUCUAUGAUGAGUGUUUAAGGAAAUAUGGAAAUGCAAAUGUUUGGAAAUACUUCACAGAUCUUUUUGAUUAUCUUCCUCUAACUGCCUUGGUGGAUGGACAGAUUUUCUGUCUACAUGGAGGACUUUCCCCAUCUAUAGAUACACUGGAUCAUAUCAGAGCACUUGAUCGCCUGCAAGAAGUUCCACAUGAGGGUCCAAUGUGUGACUUACUUUGGUCAGACCCAGAUGAUCGUGGUGGUUGGGGCAUUUCUCCUCGAGGAGCUGGUUAUACUUUUGGGCAAGAUAUUUCAGAAACUUUCAACCAUGCUAAUGGCCUUACAUUGGUUUCAAGAGCUCAUCAGCUGGUAAUGGAGGGAUACAAUUGGUGCCAUGAUCGAAAUGUAGUAACAAUUUUCAGUGCUCCAAAUUAUUGUUACCGUUGUGGAAAUCAGGCUGCAAUUAUGGAACUUGAUGAUACUCUAAAAUAUUCAUUUUUGCAGUUUGAUCCAGCACCACGCAGAGGUGAACCACAUGUUACUCGUCGUACCCCAGACUACUUCCUGUAAUGAGAUUUUACACUUGUACAGUAUUGCCAUGAACCAUGUGUUGACCUAAAGGAUAUAGGAAGAGCAACUGUAACUCCAAAAUGUCAGAAAACAUUUAACAUUCAAACCUGUUCACAUGGACCAAAAGAUGUGCCAUAUUGAAUACAAAAACAUCUUGUCUGUCAGCGACUGUGACCACUUUAGAAUGAACCAGUUCAUUGCAUGCUGAAGCAACGUUGUUGGUCAAGAAACCAGUUUCUGGCAUAGCUCUACUUGUAGUUACUUUUGCUUUCUCUGAGAGACUGCAAAUAUUAAGAUGUAGACAUUUAACACCUCGUGAAUACAAUUAACUUUCCAUUAGCUAUAGCUUUCCAGCAUGACUGUAGAUAAGGAUAGCAAUCAAUUAUUGAAGCUUAAUGAACAUUUUUAAAUAAGUACCAAGACUGAUUCUUACUUGUGUUCUGAAACUUUGUUUAUUUUCAGGGAAAACUCAUUAAUUUAAUUGUAUGAUUAUGUUCGUCUGCACUCAGUUUCUCCCACAUGUUCCCUAUACAAUGUCCUUUGUACUUGUCCAUCAUAGUGAAUUGUUUUGAACAGAACCGGCUUUUUUUCUGUAAGACGUUGCUGCAGAAGAGUGCUGCAGCAUUUUUUCAUAAUAAACUUGUGAAGUAUAGAAAACCAGUGACUUUUAACUGUAUUGCAGGCCAGUGCCAUGUUGUGUUUAAUAAAUAUGACUAGCUUUUA